GACAGACCGAACAUAUAAGAAGGAAACCAGAGAUCUCGUGCUAUUACGUCCCCGAGUCUAAGGGAACGAAUAAGCACAGACCUAAAAGCAUUAAAAGCAUUCUUCAGCCUGAAUUUUUAAGGGGUGCACGUAGGAACUAGGCAAGCUGAUUUAUGAUAACUAACUUUUAAACUCCAACGACCAAAGGCGUAAGAAGUAGAAGCUACUGAGCUUGCAAUAUGAAGAACGUCACCCUGGCCACCAUCAGCAAAAACAUCACCAACAGCCUUCACUUCGGACUUGUGAACAUCAUUGGCAACGAGUCGACCUCUAACUGCUCGCAUAAGCCGUCAGAUAAGCAUUUAGAUGCAAUUCCCAUCCUCUACUAUAUUAUUUUUGUGAUUGGAUUUCUUGUCAAUACUAUUGUGGUUACGCUGUUCUGUUGUCAAAAGGGUCCUAAAAAGGUUUCCAGCAUUUACAUCUUCAACCUGGCUGUGGCUGAUUUGCUGCUUCUGGCUACUCUUCCUCUCUGGGCAACCUAUUAUUCUUACAGAUAUGACUGGCUCUUUGGGCCUGUGAUGUGCAAAGUGUUUGGUUCUUUCCUGACCCUGAACAUGUUCGCAAGCAUUUUUUUUAUCACCUGCAUGAGCGUUGAUAGGUACCAGUCUGUUAUCUAUCCCUUUCUGUCUCAGAGAAGAAAUCCCUGGCAAGCGUCUUAUAUCGUUCCCCUUGUUUGGUGUAUGGCUUGUCUGUCCUCAUUGCCAACAUUCUAUUUCCGAGAUGUCCGAACCAUUGAGUAUUUGGGAGUGAACGCCUGCAUUAUGGCCUUCCCCCCUGAGAAAUAUGCCCAAUGGUCAGCUGGGAUUGCCUUAAUGAAAAAUAUCCUUGGUUUUAUUAUCCCUUUAAUAUUCAUAGCCACAUGCUAUUUUGGAAUCAGAAAACACUUACUGAAGACCAAUAGCUACGGGAAGAACAGAAUAACUCGCGACCAAGUCCUCAAGAUGGCAGCGGCUGUCGUUCUGGCGUUCAUCAUCUGUUGGCUUCCCUUCCAUGUUCUGACCUUCCUGGAUGCUCUGGCCUGGAUGGGUGUCAUUCAUAGCUGUGAAGUUAUAGCAGUCAUUGACCUGGCACUUCCUUUUGCCAUCCUUCUGGGAUUCACCAACAGCUGCAUUAAUCCCUUUCUGUAUUGUUUUGUUGGUAACCGGUUCCAACAGAAGCUCCGCCGUGUGUUUAGGGUUCCAAUUACUUGGCUCCAAGGCAAGCGAGAGAGUGUGUCAUGCCGAAAAAACAGUUCCCUUAGAGAAAUGGAGACCUUUGUGUCUUAAACACGAGAGUGGAAUACAUGUUCACAACACGGCUACUUGGUUCGAGGGCCCCUUGAAGGAUCGUUUAAUGCCUUUAGUCAAGGAGUAAGUUUCUCCCUUAAUGUAAUCUUUUCUCACUCUUCUAGAACAGGAAGCCAAAUAUGACUCGAAGUGUUACCCAGUGACUUUCAGGAAUUGCCCGGUUUCCUUCAGUUUCUGGGUACAAGACUGUCAUUGG